AUGCAUCGCAGGAAACCAACUCCAACCCGCAGGAGCGGAUGCUGAAAUACUGUUUAAAGUGCUGGGGGACAUCCGUUUGACUUGUCCACAGACCACGCCUCUUCAUAAUCACGUGUCCUUGAACGUGGGGAGAUGCUUUCUCUACCUCAUCGGGGAAACUCGCUUUUUCCGGCGGGAGGGGCAGGCCGAGAAUGGCACGUGACAGGAAGGCGGAAGAAAUUAGCCAGGUUUUUGCUGCCGUCGACAGAACCCGGAGGAGCGAUAAUAGCCCCCUCAAGGGACUACGACAUGGCGGGUGUUAAAGCCCUGGUUGGAUUAUCAUUCACAGGAGUCAUUGGCCUGACGUUUCUUAUGUUGGGAUGUGCCCUAGAAAAUUAUGGUAUAUAUUGGCCCCUAUUUGUUUUGAUAUUUUAUGCCAUAUCCCCUAUACCUCACCUCAUUGCAAAGAGAUUAAGUGAUGAUACAGAUGCUGCAAGCAGUGCCUGCAGGGAGCUAGCAUAUUUCGUCACAACUGGAAUUGUGGUUUCUGCCUUUGGAUUUCCUAUCAUCCUUGCACGAGUUAAAGUGAUCCAGUGGGGAGCUUGUGGCCUUGUGCUAGCUGGAAAUGCAGUAAUUUUUCUUACCGUUUUAGGAUUUUUCCUUCUGUUUGGCGGAGGAGAUGAUUUUAGCUGGGAACAGUGGUAGCUUGUGCUUCAACAUGAAGCUUAUGCUUACACAGAUCUUCAUUACUUAUGAAGCUUUACUAUGAAACAGAGCUUAUAUUAUAUUGGUCUUAUGUUUGUAUGUAUACUAUGUAUAUAUGUGCAUAUAUUGACUGCAUAUGCCUUGCUUUACAGUCUUGGUAGUUUUUAUAUGUGAGUAUUGGCUAACAUAGGGAAGCUUAUGGGAUUUUAAAUCACUGCCUAAAAUUGUGCCCUAAAGAGCAGGUUGUAUACAAAGUGAAAGAUUGUAUCCAGUUUUUCAGCUCCUUGUUAAAUUACUAGUUCUUAUUCUACUGAUUUUAUCCUUAACACUAAGUAAUCUCUGAUGAUUUAACUUUAUCAAUGAAAUUGUCCAUAUUCUAUAUAUAAAUGCAUUCCCUUCCCGCUGUUGUUCGAAAUAUCCUGCUGCCUGCUAAGUUGUCCAGCUACAGUGGUUUUAUUAUAAAUUACUUUAUAUUCUGUGUUAUUAAAUUACUGAUUUUAUGCUA